AUGAGUUUAGAUAUUACGAAGGCAUCGGUGAAGCAGAGCCUGUCAAGGCUUUUGUGGAAUAACAGCCGUGCCUUGAAGUUCCUGAACAUCAGUUUGAACUCAAAACCGGUGUUGCUCUUCCUGCUAUCCAUCUCCUCCAGCUCUAUUUUCAUGCUUAUAUAUAAUGUGGUCAAGUUGAUCAACUAUUUCAAGCUGAAGUCACUUCAAAGGAGUCAGUUGGAUCUUUCAAAACGGAACUUUUACAAAAAAGGUUCCGAUUAUCGGAUCAUCAACGUUCCUUACAAGAACAACAAUUUAAAGGUGAAAAUAGAUCGCACAAAUCCAGAUAAAUAUGAACACGACAAACUAGUUUUCAAAAAGUUCCUUCGCGACACGGAGUUUAGCGAUAUGACCGACAGCGUGGUCGAGUCCAAGUUCCUCAAAAAGCUAUACAUUAUUUGGCGACAUGUUCUUAUUCCAAAAGUCUUGCAUCCAAAUAGCACGAUCCUCGUUGGACAGUUACUUUGUCUGGUUGCACGAACCUGGAUGAGCUUACUGGUUACAAGGCUAGAUGGACAAAUAGUGAAAGAUCUCAUAGGGCUCCGAGGAAAAGCGUUCUUGCGAGGCAUCAUAUACUGGUUCUUGUUUGCAUUCCCUGCUUCAUACAUAAAUUCUGGAAUCAAGUUUCUAACACACCGUCUUGCUCUCAAUUUCCGGACCAAUCUUGUCAGAUAUUGCCAUGACUUGUACAUGGACCCUAGAAUGGUGUAUUAUAAGCUACAAUUCAACCAGAAUCAGUCUGAUGUUUAUAAGAUGGAUUUCAACUACGUUGAUCAAUACCUAACGGAAGACAUCAAGAAGUUUAGCGACUCGUUGACAUCCAUGUUCUUAAAUGUUGGCAAGCCAACUGUUGAUCUGAUUUUUUUUGCCAUCUAUCUACGCGACAACAUUGGUAGCGCAGGCAUUUCUGGAAUUCUGAUGUGCUAUUUUCUGACCGGAUGGUUUUUGAAGCGCCACUCACCCAACUUCAGCAAAAUUUGGAAAACAAAGACCCACUUAGAAGGGAUAUAUUACAACUACAAUCUGAACCUAAUCAAUAACUGCGAGGAAAUCUCGUUCUAUAAAGGAAUUAAGAUCGAAAAAAGCAAAGUCCACAAAAUAUUCAACAAUCUUCUGUCGCAUUCAAAUUUGGAGAUCAACGCAAAGUUCCACUAUGGACUUUUGGAGGAGUAUAUUCUAAGAUAUGCUUGGCCCGCCUUUGGCUAUUUCUUUUCCAGUUUCCCUAUUUUGCUAAACUACAACUCAGCAGACUCAGACAGCAUCAAGGGUUUCAUUGUGAAUAAGAGAUUGAUGCUAAACAUGGCUGAUGCUGGAUCUCGUUUGAUGUAUUCUAUCAAAGACAUCAGUAGCUUGAGUGGAGUAACAGAUCGCAUUUUCACUUUGCUACUCAAUUUGCAUCAAGUUCAUGAUCACAAUUUCCAGUAUGGAAUUGCAUAUAACGGGUUCGGCUCUCAACUGAAGCUCACAUCAUUCACUUCGAGAUUGCGUGUUCCUUCCAGCUCCCACAUUGGAAUCAACGGAACAAUUCAGACAUCGUAUCCUGGUCUCCGUUUUGAACACAUUCCAGUGAUAGUGCCAUCUGCAGAAGGAAUCAACGGCACCAAAUUGUUGAGUAGCUUGAACUUCAAAAUAAAUCUGGGCGAAACGUUGUUGAUUUUGGGCAAAAAUGGAAUUGGAAAAACAUCCAUUAUGCGUAUCAUUUCGGAGCUAUGGCCGCUAUAUCGUGGACUUCUGUCAAAACCUGCGCCUAACGAAAUAAUGUAUGUUUCGCAAAAAUCUUACUUCAUCAAUGGUUCCUUGCGAGAUCAAAUAAUAUAUCCCCUAAACCACUUGCAAAUGAUUGAAAAGGGAUACACAGAUCAUCAACUGAUAACCUAUUUGAAUGAAGUGGGGCUCGGGUAUUUGUUAGAAAGAUUCGGAAACCUUGAUUACCAUCCAAAUGAAACUGCAACCAUCAUGACCGAUGAGUUAAUCGUCAACGGUAAAAGUGUCAAGAUAUACAAUUCCAAUGUCGGCUUAGGAGACGGUAAGAAAAGCUGGCAUACAUUGCUCAGCGGAGGUGAACGUCAAAAAUUGAUAAUGGCGAGAGUGCUGUUUCAUCAAAAGAAGUUCGUGAUUCUUGAUGAGCCAACAAAUGCGAUAUCCUAUGACUAUGAGGAUGCAAUUUUCGAGAUGAUGAAAGCUAAGAAAUUCACUUUCAUCACCAUCAGCCACCGCGAGACUUUGAUCAAGUACCACGAUUAUGUCCUCCGCCUGAAUGACGUUGACAAUUAUGAGUUCGAAAGGGUAGACGAUGGCCUGAAAACAUUUGAAAGCAUGGACAAAGAGAUAGCAUUCCUGAAAGCAGAACUUGAGCAAAUGGAUAAAGCCAUAGAGAGGAAACAAGAACUGCUUAAUCUAUUAAGUGGUCCCGAAGAUUAA